AUGGUGGCAUAUUUUCCCUCAAAACUUAGACUCGCAGCUCUACCCUUCACCAAAGCCAUAGAAGUUAUAAGAACCGACAACACUACCAUUAUUUCGGGAGUUGAAGCUGAAUUUAUAAAACUAUUGGCACAAGCAUUAAAUUUCGAAUAUGAGAUUUUUGUUCCUCCAGAUCAUUUCGGGGAAAUGGAUGCAUUCGGAAACUACACUGGAAUGAUGGGAAUGCUGCAGAGGAAUGAAGUUGAUAUGGGAUUCACCUAUUUAGACAUUACCUAUGAGCGCUCAAAAGUUGUAGACUCCAGUGCACCUUACUACUAUCUUGAAAAAAAGUUUAUGAUGAAUUAUGCUCCGUUCUUGUCAAAAACAUCAGCAUUCAUGUAUCCUUUCAGCACACUCACAUGGAUUUUAUUCCUUAUCGUACUGCUCUCUGUGUCAGUGCUAUUUCGAACUUUGAUUUCGCCAAAAGAUUCCAUUAUUUCCGUUUUCUUCAAUUUGUGGGGAUCUUCUUUCGGACAAGGAAUGAACUACAACCCUCGCUCAAUGUAUAGGCGGGUACCACUUGGAAUUUGGCUCCUUUAUUCAUACGUGCUAAUUUUAUGUUACAGCUCAGUCCUGUUAUCAUUUUUAACUUCUCCCAUCAGAAUGAAACAAAUAAAAGAUUUCAAGGAUCUCUAUCUCGCUGUCAGAGAGGGGGAAAUAGUGUGUCUAUCAGCUAAGCAAAGUAAGGAAUUAAACAAUUUGAUGGGAAGCCUUUCUCCUCAUUUAAGAGGAUUAGGGGAAUACAUUAAAAAGAAUGACUGGUUUUAUUAUAAUCCUGACGAUGUCAAAGUUCCGGAACAU